AUGAUUUCUAUACAAACCUCAUCAGCACUACUUUCUUGUUCUUCCUCGUAUUCAAAGAGAGUAAAUGCCGCAAUCCAUGUCCCAAAACUCCCAAGAUUCGAUUUUUCAGCGCCAAAGAUACGUACAAGAAAGCUUGUUGAGGAAGUAAAACUCAAAGACACAACCCCAUUAUUAAACGAUGAUGUACAGCAUUCUACUAUUUCUAAUGCCGCUGUUCAACUCUAUGCAAUCUUGGAGGCUGUAGGUGACAGGGUUGAAAUGCACAACAACAUGGGAGAGCAACGUGACAACUGGAACACCCUUCUUUUGAACUCCAUCAACAUGAUUACUCUCACUGCUACAACCAUGGUUGGUGUUGCAGCCGCAAGUGGUGUUGGUGCAGCACCACUUUUGGCUCUGAAACUAUCCUCUGCGCUGUUGUUUUCAUCUGCCACUGGGAUGUUACUUGCCAUGAACAAAAUCCAACCCUCACAACUCACAGAGGAACAACGCAACGCUACUAGAUUGUUCAGGAAACUUCAGAACCAAAUCCAAACCACAAUUGCUCUUGGAAAUCCUACAGAGGAAGAUGUCAAGGGUACAAUGGAGAAGGUUUUGGCACUUGACAAAGCUUACCCACUUCCUUUGUUGGGAGCUAUGCUUGAAAAAUUCCCUGCAAAAUUUGAGCCUGCUGUUUGGUGGCCUUCCACUCAAUUCCAAAGGAAAAACAAACCACAAGAAGGAAAAGCACAUAACAAGAGAAUGGAAAAAAUGAAUGGAUGGAAUGAAGAACUAGAAAUGGAACUGAGGGAGGUUAUUAAGGUAAUAAAGAGAAAAGACAUUGAGGACUAUGACAGGCUUGGAAACAUGGCUUUGAAGAUCAACAAGACUUUGGCUAUUGCUGGCCCUUUACUCACUGGCAUUGCAGCAGCAGGAUCUGCAUUUGUUGGCAAUGGUUCUUGGGUAUCAUUUGUGCCCCUAAUGGCUGGGUCAAUGGCUGCAGCAAUCAAUACUUUUGAGCAUGCAGGGCAAGUAGGCAUGAUAUUUGAAAUGUACAGAAACUCUGCUGGGUUCUUCCACAUGUUAGAGACUUCAAUCGAAUCAACAUUAGAAGAUGAAGAUUUGGAGAGAAGAGAAAAUGGAGAGUUGUUCGAAAUGAAGACGGCUUUGCAAUUGGGAAGAAGUGUAUCUGAGCUGAGAAAACUUGCUUCGAAGUCAUCUUCUUAUCGUAUGGAAGGAGUUGACAUAGACGAAUUUGCAAGCAAGCUAUUCUAA